AUGAAAUUAAAAUUGCAACAGUCAUCGGCUCUACUCCAGUUGAAUGAGACUUUUAAGUGUUCGAAAGUCUACUCGAACGACCAAUGGCUCAACAAGAAGAUAUCUCAUCAUUCGAAGAAUACACGCGAUAACAUUGUAGGAAGAAUUUUCUUAAGAAAAAAUUCAGAAAAAUCAUUUUUGGCUCUUCUACAAACAGACAUCCCAAAUUUAAUUGUAAUGAACAGUAGGCGUUCUGAUAUACUUAGACAAUGGAUGCGUUGUCGAGUUACUGAUAUGCUAAGGUCUUUUCCACACAAUUCAAUGAUUAUGAGAAAAGUUUUGGAAAAUUCAUGUGAUGAUGUGGGUGAUGAGUGCUGCGAAUUUUCUCAAACACCAUCCAUUUUUCACAUCGCCAUUGAAAGUUUUACGAGUCUAUCACAUGCUUUUCUUACAACUGAGCACUGGAAAUUGAGAGAUACACAAAAAUAA